CUUCUUUAUGGCAGCUUGAAGAAGCAAAGCUUUUGCGAGCUCAAGGUCAACAUGAGAUGGCUAUCAACCUCGCAAUGUAUAUUUCAGGGAACUAUGGGUCUAAUAAUGAGGCUUCUGAUGUAUAUCGGUUGAUUGGGAAGUGGCUGGCAGAAACCAGAUCUAGCAACUCUAGAACAAUUUUAGAGAAGUAUUUGAAACCUGCAGUCUCAAUCACUGAGGAUGUGUACUUUACUGAUGAGAAGUCCAUAAAACGGAAAUGUCAGACUCAUUUUCAUCUUGCACAUUAUGCUGAUGCGCUAUUUAGGAGCCAUGAAGAAAGACUCAACUCUAGUGAGUGGCAAGCAGCAAUGCGGUUAAGGAAACAUAAGAAAGUGGAGUUGGAAGCUCUUGUUAAAAGAUUAAGGAGCUCAAGAAAGGGGGAGAAGACUGACUGUUCCUUGAAAAUACAAGAACUGCAAAAGCAAGUAGCAAUGGAUGAGGAAGAGGCUCAGAAAUUGCAUGAUGACCGAGACAAUUUUCUUAGCCUGGCUUUGGAUGGAUAUAAACAUUGUUUAGUCACUGGGGACAAGUAUGAUGUGAGAGUGGUGUUUCGUCUAGUUUCCUUGUGGUUCAGUCUCUCUUCUCGAAAAAAUGUAGUGAAUAGUAUGCUUAGCACAAUUGAUGAGGUUCAGUCUUUUAAAUUUAUACCUUUAGUGUACCAAAUUGCAUCUAGAAUGGGAAGCUCAAAGGACGGUCAGGGAACUUACGAUUUCCAGUGUGCUUUGGUGUCUCUCGUGAAGAAAAUGGCCAUUGAUCAUCCAUACCAUACAAUACUGCAUCUGUUGGGUCUGGCAAACGGUGACCGUAUCAAGGACAAUCAGCGUAGUAGGAGUUCAUUUGUGGUUGAUAUGGACAAAAAGCUUGCGGCAGAAAAACUUCUAAAUGAGCUAUCGUCUUAUCAUGGAACUAUUAUCCAACAAACAAGGCAAAUGGUGGAGAUUUAUAUCAAGCUUGCUGAGAUGGAAACAAGGAGAGAGACCAUUAUGCAGGAUACCAAUAAAAGGGUGAGUCUACCGAGAGAAUUACGUAGUGUUCCAGCACUGGAACUUGUACCUGUAGUCACAGCUACUGUUCCAAUCGACUAUAGUUGUCAGUAUCAUGAUGGAACUUUUCCUUAUUUCAAAGGACUAGCAGAGUCAGUCAUGAUAAUGAAUGGUAUAAAUGCUCCAAAAGUGGUUGAGUGCCUUGGAUCUGAUGGUUGCAGGUAUCGACAACUUGCAAAAUCUGGAAACGACGACCUAAGACAGGAUGCUGUGAUGGAACAAUUCUUUGGUUUAGUUAACACAUUCCUGAGGAACCACCAAGAUACGUGGAAAAGAAGGUUAAGUAUACGGACCUACAAGGUUGUUCCUUUUACGCCAAGUGCUGGUGUUCUUGAGUGGGUUAAUGGCACUCUUCCUCUUGGUGAAUAUCUUAUAGGGAGCAUGAGAAAUGGCGGUGCUCAUGGUCGAUAUGGAAUAGGGGAUUGGUCAUUUCUCGAGUGUAGAGAGCACAUGGCCAAGGAAAGAGACAAGCGCAAAGCGUUCCAAGAAGUCUGUAAGAAUUUCAGGCCAGUUAUGCAUUACUUUUUCUUGGAGAGAUUUUUCAAGGCAGCUGAGUGGUUUGAGAAGAGACUAGCUUACACACGAAGCGUAGCUGCUAGUUCUAUGGUUGGUUACGUAGUUGGCCUUGGUGAUCGACAUUCAAUGAAUAUUUUAAUUGAUGAAGCCUCUGCUGAGGUUGUUCACAUAGAUCUUGGUGUUGCCUUUGAACAAGGUUUGAUGCUUAAGACUCCAGAACGGGUUCCAUUUAGGCUGACACGAGACAUAAUUGAUGGAAUGGGCAUAACUGGAGUAGAGGGGGUUUUCCGAAGAUGUUGUGAGGAAACUCUUUCUGUUAUGAGAACAAACAAAGAAGCAUUGUUGACAAUUGUUGAAGUUUUUAUACAUGAUCCUCUUUAUAAAUGGGCUUUAUCUCCUCUAAAAGCUUUGCAGCGUCAAAAGGAAACAGAUGAUGAUCUAGAUACAACUUUCUUGGAACCUCAAGAUGAUCAUGAAGGAAACAAGGAUGCUACCCGUGCGCUAUUACGUGUCAAGCAGAAGUUAGAUGGAUAUGAAGAAGGUGAAAUGCGGAGUGUACAUGGGCAGAUUCAGCAACUCAUUCAAGAUGCAAUUGAUCCUGAGCGAUUGUGCCAAAUGUUUCCUGGCUGGGGAGCUUGGUUAUAGGGAGAACAUGAGAAUCCACGGCCAGUUUGCUCGACUGCGAGUUAUCUUGUAUAGGCGGCAUUUCUUUUCGGGGGGGUUUUUUUUUUUUUUUUUAAAUCUUUCAUUCAUAUUGUAGAUGCCAUUUCUUUCUUUUCUCUUCUGUCUAAUCCAAAUCUGUACCUUGGGCCAUUUGUUUACUUUUUCUUUAUUUCGCUGAGUACAAAAAGAAACGGCGAGGCUCCAUUUUUUGCCUUGCUGCCGCAUUCCCCAUUUCCAUUUGAAAAUAAUGAUCAAUUUACAAUUUUUUUUCCUUCACAACUGCUACUACUGUGACUAGAUACGAUAUAAAAUGUGAUGUGCUGUGCUUACAAA